AUGAGCGCCGGCGGCGGCGGCAACAAUGACAAUGACGGCGUCAUCAACUGGGUCGCCCUCGUCAUCUCGCUGGUUGCCCUCAUUGGCACCCUGGCCCAGGUCCUCCAACAAUACAUCGCAUCGGCCGCUGGAUACUCAAACUGCGGCGAGAGCGUCAUGGGCAAAUGGCACGAGAGCAAAAAGCGAAAAUUUCGGCCGACCGAGUUGCGCUUCGAAGUCCAAUUUGAGACCCCCGUCAUCUUCGUCUGCGAGCCCAAAAACGACAAAGGCCCCAUCAAGGGCAAGCCCAUCUACUUCGUCAAGGGCACCGACGAGAGCUUGAAGGAGACACGGGCCUUGCUGCCCAAGGAAGAGGAGGCGCAGACGCAAGCGUUGCGGGAGAAAAGGGUGCACACGGCCGACAACGAGAGGGCUUCGUGGGUCAUACUGCUUUCGCAGCUGCAGUCGAUGGAGAAGGAGAGCCAGGACUGGCAGUACCAUCACUCCAACAACGGUCCGCCACACAACUUGCCGCUCGCCGGCUUUGAAAGCCACACGCUGGCCGUCGCCCUCCAGGCCAAGAAGCGAAGCUGGGACACGAUGCCUGCAGGAAUCAAGAAACCCUACGCCACCACAGCCAUGUGCCACCUGCUUGAGAUCGCCGCCAUGAUGGGCAUUUAUUGGAAGGAGUUUGACCGGUCGCGGGACCGAUACCGCGCCGAGGGGAAUGGCUACAUGCUGGUGGGCUCCAACGUUCCCGAUCUAGGCGUCACCUUCACCCUGCAGAUUUGCGGCAAGAGCCGAUUCCAGGAGAACCGCGUGAUCCCGGUCGACGAGGUCAAGGAGCUCUGCUGCGGCUUCGUGUCCACCUUGUUUCAGGAGGAGAACAAAGACAAGCGCAGGAUAGAGGUGCCCAUCGAGGACGCCAAAGAUCUCAGCAUUCUCCAGCUCGGCAGCACCAGGGAGAUUGCUGAGACCAUGGUGCUCAUCGAGUGCAACACGGACACUGCCAACUACUUUCGCUCCGACGACGCCAAGCACGGUCAUCUCUUCCCAGUGCCCUUCGAGCUCUUGGGUAUGCUUGGCAAGACGCUGCAUAUUCGCAACACGGCCUUCCGCAUGCUGCCAAAUCCUACGCCAUACCACUGGGACAAGAACUUCUUUAACCUUCGCAGACUUGUGAAGGAGUACUACAAGAAAAUCACCGACUCGGACUCGGAGCUCCCGCCGGUCUUCCAAAUUCAGCAGUUGGAGGAAGACUCUGGACAUCUGGUACGCACUCUGGCGGAGGACAAGCGGACCAAGACGCCCGGAUACUCGAUGAAGCUCCUCGACACGCUGCACGACGUGCUGGACAGGUGCGAUGAAUAUCUCCGGAAAAGCAACCGAGAUCUCGUCCGGGUGGUCGUCCGAGAACACUUCCAGGAAGUCCUGAAGCUUAUCAACGACAAGAGCGGCGCCGAUGACGCUGUCGACAACAAAAGCACGCGCACCACCGACACAAAGAAGGCCGAGCACUUCGACGAACUUACGGCCGCUAGCCCCGAACUGCGCCAGGAACUCUUCAUGGAUCUCUACUUCUUCAAGGUGCUGCACCAAGUGCGAACGCGCGCUGUGGCCUCGUACGAGCGGCGGCAGGACACCCACUACGCGCCGUCCGUACGCGCGCCAUCCGUGCACUCACGCGAGCCGUCCAUCGACAACCUCACCGAGGCCAAGUACAGCGACCCCGAGGCUAAGGCGGUAUCGCUGCCACCGACGCCCUCGGCCGUGCCUUCACGGCCCAUCUCGCCGGGCCCUCCCCCACCGCACCUCAAAAAGCACGAAAGCAGCCAGUCGGUGCCGGUGCUGCACAUCCAUCCGCCGGAGCGCGUGUUGCAUCAGCAUCAACUUCUUGGGAUGGACCUCACCUCUAGCCUGGACUCGGAGGCCACGGCCAUCUGGUGCACGCUGGUGCUUAGGAUGCUGUGCUGGCUUCUGCUGCACGACUUCAACAAGAAGGAUGUGCAGAUCCCGAAGAGCGAGUUGCUGGGCAGUCGGCUGCCGGUGUACAUUGCCUGA